AUGGCACUGAGUGCGUCAGCGCUGGCGUUGCGUCGCGUGCUUGUGCUUUCGCCCUUCUGCCACCAGCCCAUUGCGUUGCCGGCUGUCACGCCGGUGCAACGCGUCCUGCACGAUGUGCUGCCGCACGGCGCGGGCAGUCGGCGCGAAGAGGAAGUGACGGCGUUGCUCGAGCGGCUCCCUGCUCACUGCAACAAGGCGAAGCAGGCGAUGCUGCACGCGCGUCGUGCCAGCACGUACUACCGCAGCCGCUACGGUCGCGGUCUCGAGGCACAGAGGAAGCAGCUGCAGCAGGUGCAGCACAUGUCGGACGACGAGGUGCGGCGGUGGGCCCGCAGCAAAUGUCUUCCGGUCCGCGACCCUCUGGUGCUGUCAUGA